CUUAAUCGUGAACAGUUCUUUGCAUUAAUAAUAACAGGUUUAUUUUUGUGUUCAUUUAACAACAAUGAAUCGCUUCUUAAAUUUGGUGUCUGUGGUUUUGUGUGUUGUGCCAUCGGUAAUUUACGCACAUCUUCAUUUCACCGGCCCAAAUGGUGGUUCAGUGGAUAUAGAUAUCAAUGGCUUAAAUAAUGUGAUUCAAACUUUAAUGAAUUCAGCGAUACAAAGAAUUCAAAAUCCAAACACGCCAGUGAAGCAACUUAAUUUGGGAUCAAUUCAAACAACGAUUAAAAUAACUAGAAAUGGUCACACAGAAAAACAUGUCGUAAACUCAUUAUGGCCCAAUUAUAAUGGUCAAUCAAGUAGUUCGGUGCCAUUUCAAAAGAUUGAUGAAGAUGAUUUUGAUACGGCAGGGAACUAUGGUUCUUCUAUUGAUGGCAAUGACAAUGAAAUUUCAUUCGAAAGAGACGACACUGCUUUAUGUACACGAUGUGAAGAUGAGACUUCAGUAUGUGAAAUAAUUGAUCAACCCCAAGAUGGAGGAAGUUCACUUUUACGAACUAGAAAUUGUAAAGAUGAUGCAAAUACUUUAUCAACCCUUACGAAACGAGUUCCGAAUAAAGAUGGGCUGAAGCAAAUUUCAAAACGUAUGAUUAAUAUUGACUAAGUAGUUUUUAACUACCCAAAUUUCAAUAUAAUUAUAUGUAUAGUUUAAAAUCUAUUGGACCAGACAGAGGAAUUUUUAACGUAAAAGAGUCCGCCGUAUGAGUUCAUUAUAAGUCCAUUAACUUCAGUUUGUUUUGAUUUGAGGCUAGACUCUUAUACUUGGAUUCGAUCAAAAAGUAUUUGCUUCUUGAUUUUAUACAUAAUUAUCUUUGUUUCUUGGAAGAUA